UCGGGGGUUUUCUUGAGUUCUGGAUUCCGGGGACUCAAUCCAGAGAGUUGGAGCUACCCGCCGGAAUACACAUAAUGCGUAUGAGCUCGUACUUUGAAGUACCCACGUUAGCUUAAGGUGAUUCUGGCGUUGUAGAGAUUAGUGAGCGAUGUUUUCACCCUCGUGAUGGAGGGUUUAAGGUAAAUUCGGAGUUUCAGCUUGCAGGCUUUGGUUAUAGUCUUUGUGCGACGCCCAGCUUCGAACGGACACGCUCUUUCUCAGACGGAUUUGGCAGUCAGUUUGAGUCGAGAAGGUGGAAGAGUAGUUUGUCUGAUUCACUCUCGUUUAUUUCGUCAUCUCGGUAGAAAUGGUCCGCAAGAGUUCUGCUGUCUCACUCUCUUCCGCUUCUCGCUAUUCAACAAUUCUUGGCUGAAGAAGUGCCAAUCCAAUUUUAUUGUCUGCUAUCGUCUGAUGGACGUGUUUGCGAUUGGCGAAUGGCACCGACCUCGUUGGGAGGUUGUGCAAGAGAAGGCACGUACCUCUAAGAGGUGGUCUAUUAUAUUAUUUCCAGUAGACGGUGGAUCAUUGGCACUUGAAAUACCGCAAUCAUGAUGCCAGGUUCGCCCCUUGUCCGGAGGCGGAGCAACAUCGGAGGGAAUACCCCCACUCGAUUGGGUAGGUCAACAUGGAGCCUUGCAGCAGGGAUGGUGGAUGGGGUCUCACGCCCACGGUCACAGUUGCUGAUAAAGGUCAUCAUUGCCGUGACGUUAACUUCGCUAUGCAUGUUGAUUCUUCAUCAGUACGAUUCUGCCGGCACUGUCGACAAGUUUUCUGUCAAAGAUGAUAUGACCCACGUAUUAGUGACUGGCGGUGCAGGCUACAUUGGCUCUCAUGCCACUUUAAGAUUACUGCAAGAUGGCUAUCGGGUCACUAUAGUGGAUAAUCUGUCAAGGGGAAACAUGGGAGCCGUCCAGGUUCUGCAGGAUCUGUUUCCAGAACCUGGGAGAUUGCAGUUUCUCUACGUAGACCUUGGUGACAGUAAAGCUGUGAAUGAAGUAUUCAGCAAAAAUGCAAUAGAUGUGGUCAUGCAUUUUGCAGCAGUGGCUUACGUUGGAGAGAGUACGGCUGAACCGUUGAGGUACUACCAUAACAUUACAUCAAAUACCCUGGGGUUGUUAGAGGCCAUGGUGAGACAUCGUGUUCAUAAAUUCAUUUACUCGAGCACUUGUGCAACUUAUGGAGAACCUGACGUUAUGCCCAUAAAGGAAAGCACACCACAGGUUCCAAUCAACCCGUACGGGAAAGCAAAGAAGAUGGCAGAAGACAUUAUUUUGGACUACGUCAAGAGUAAUGACCAGUUAUCGGUGAUGAUCCUGAGGUACUUCAAUGUAAUUGGGUCCGAUUCCAAAGGACGUUUGGGAGAAGCUCCACGACCGGAACUUCGAGCCCACGGACGAAUAUCAGGGGCUUGCUUCGAUGCCGCAAUGGGUGUCAUUCCAGAAUUGAAGGUUCAAGGAACGGAUUACAAUACUGCAGAUGGAACAUGUGUGCGAGAUUACAUACAUGUGACAGAUCUUGUAGAUGCUCACGUCAAGGCUUUGAACGCUGCAAAGCCUGGAAAAACGGGAAUCUAUAAUGUGGCUACUGGUAAAGGUGUGAGUGUUAAGCAGUUCGUCGAAGCUUGUAAAGAAGCAACAGGUGUGAACGUAACUAUUAAAUACAUGGAGCGGCGGCCGGGUGAUUAUGCUGAGGUUUACAGUGAUCCGACUCUAAUCAACAAUGAGCUCAAGUGGAUUGCCCAACACACCGACUUGACCCAGACGCUAAGAGUAGCUUGGAAGUGGCGGAAAGCGCACCCGAAGGGCUAUGCGGCUGUUAACUAAUUAAAAAGCUGAGCUGUGGGAUUAUGUCCUCGUUACAAUUCCCAUUGCAGCAGAGAACGCCAAGUUCUUCAGAAGUUAAUGAGGCUAAUGCGUGCCGCAGGCUGCUUUUGGACAGGCAUUUAUGUGCACUAACAUUGUGCAUUUACUUGGCUUGACGUUAAUAGAAUCAGCUGCCACCUAAUGUCAUUGAAAGGAGGUUGAGCUGUUUCUCUCUAGAAGAGUGCAGAAGCGGUUAUCUUAGAGGGAGACAUUGUGACAGUAAUAAAUCACAGGGUGUGAAGAUUUGAGCCUCACAUUGAGGCUUCACAAAGCUCAAGGGGCAUAUAUCUUACAGACAGGAAUUGCUCUGCAGCAGUAACCAGAGCUAUAGAUUUUAAAGCUUUCAACCUGAGAGUAUCCAGGGCAGGGACUUGCACAGGAUCUCAAAACCUCGCACGAAAGCUCUCUGUAUCAUCGCUAUGAAAGCUGUGGUAGUGAAAAUUUCUUAUUCUUCA